AUGUCUACUGUCCCAAGUGUCCAAACUUUCGGUAAGAAGAAGUCCGCUACCGCCGUUGCCCACGUCAAGGCUGGUAAGGGUCUAAUCAAGGUCAAUGGUGCUCCAAUCACCUUGGUCCAACCAGAAAUCCUAAGAUUCAAGGUUUACGAACCAUUAUUACUAGUUGGUCUAGACAAGUUCACCAACAUUGACAUUAGAGUUAGAGUCACUGGUGGUGGUCACGUAUCUCAAGUUUACGCUAUCAGACAAGCUAUUGCCAAGGGUUUGAUUGCUUACCACCAAAAGUUCGUCGAUGAACAAUCCAAGAACGAACUAAAGAGAGCUUUCACUCUAUACGACAGAACCUUGUUGAUUGCCGACUCCAGAAUGCCAGAACCAAAGAAAUUCGGUGGUAAGGGUGCUCGUUCCAGAUUCCAAAAAUCUUACCGUUAA